CAAACCGCCACCAUUUUCCGUGCCCCUCACGCCUCUUUUUUGUCAACCCAAAAACGACCUUCGAUUUUGGUUAACGACAUCAACAUGUGAUGGGCGCUCAUAAGGACAAUAAGAAAGGGAUGGUUGAUGUAAACGACGGCACGUUCCAUCUCGCGUAGCCACCGAAUUGAGUAGAAUUCCGCGGGAUGUCGAAUUUGUACGGCGAUUACAACCAGAAGAUCGAUUACGUGUUCAAAGUGGUGUUGAUCGGAGACUCCGCCGUCGGUAAGACCCAACUCCUCGCACGCUUCUCCAGGAACCAAUUCAGCGUCGAUUCCAAAGCCACCAUCGGCGUUGAGUUUCAGACCAAAACGCUCAUCAUUGAUAACAAAACCGUCAAGGCCCAAAUAUGGGACACUGCUGGCCAAGAAAGAUACAGGGCAGUAACUAGUGCAUAUUAUCGCGGUGCUGUUGGAGCAAUGUUAGUUUAUGACAUGACUAAGCGUCAAUCGUUUGAUCACAUGGCAAAGUGGUUAGAGGAACUGAGAGGCCAUGCUGACAAAAAUAUUGUUAUAAUGCUAAUAGGCAAUAAGUGUGAUCUGGCAACUCUUAGAGCAGUGCCAACCGAAGACGCCCAGGAAUUUGCGCAAAGAGAGAACCUAUUUUUUAUGGAGACAUCAGCACUUGAGUCCACGAAUGUGGAAACUGCCUUUCUGACUAUUCUAACUGAGAUAUACCGACUUAUCGGCAAGAAAACACUUACUGCCAAUGAUGAGGCAGAUCCAAGUGGUAGUUCAGGGCUUCUGAAGGGAACCAAGAUAAUUGUUCCUAGCCAAGACACGAAUGCUGGUGGCAGUAAGGGUGGCUGCUGUGUGUAAUCCUAGAUUUUGAUUGCUUCCCUCUGGCCCCACCUAUAUGUGGGUGUUUUGUAGAGAGGGUAGUUACUUUUCUUGGUGAUCUCAUCAGCAAAAUGUAGGCUAUAUUUAUUUACUAAUGUGCUUGUUCGUUGCAAACGUAGUUUUCUUCAAUUCUUGGCUCUUUCCAGCUUUAGGAUUUAUACUUUGUUAAGGCAUGGUUCUGUUCGGGUAGAGGAAUGGAAACUGGAUAACUUACUGGUUGCAAUUGUUUUUAGCCAGUAGUUGAAAAUUUUAGUAUUAAUGUGGUCUUUUGAUGUGAUAUAUUUAUCAGGGGAAAAGGAUGACUUACACGAACUU